AAGUUAUUUGGUCUUUCACUUAAUUUGAACAUUUAUAUUUUAUCCGUUGAAAAAAUGAAAUCUAGUAACAAUAAUCACGUGCUUGUACCACCUCGUGAUCACAUUGAUAAUAACUAUAUAUAUGAUGAUAACUGAUAAUACUUUGGAAUACCAUGUAACGUGACCACAUGUAACUGUCAUAAGACCAUGAUGCUAAAUAACAGUGAUGAACAUGAUGAAGAAGGAAGUCAUUGUAAGCCAUCACUGCGUAGCAGUGGUAUAAGAUAAGGAUCUCCGGUAUAAGAUAAAGCAGUGACUUGUCAUUUUAAUCUAAAAAUCAUUUUAAACGAUAGUUGACACGAGUCUACUGUUAUUUCUUCUUUGGCAUUCCGCAUAAUUGUGUUAAAUUAGUGAAAUUAUGGAAGUGUCUCGUUUACCAUCUUGUGUUGCACUACACUUUACAAGAGAAGAAUUGGAGUGUCUCAUAGACAAGGCUAGAGAUUGGGCACUUAUGCAUGGUAUGAGUUUCAGACCAAGGGAAUCCUUUAAUAAAAAUCAAGUGCAAGUUUUACCAUUUACAUUAUUGCCAUCAACUUUUCCUAAAGAGCAUUUUCACAAAGUGAAAAGAAUUCAAGUAGUAUUAAAUGAACUUACUCAUAAUGUUGCACAUAAUCAUAGUUUUAUUACAAAGAGUUUAGAAAGUACAAUUGCUGCUGAUUCAUUUACUGCAAAAUUAUUUAAUAUUUAUGAAACUGUACAUAAAGAAGGAUACAGUCAAACUAUAAGCAUUGGUGUGCUUCGGUCUGAUUAUAUGUUACAUGAAGAUCAGAUUAAACAAGUUGAAUUAAAUACUAUUGCCAGUAGUUUUGGAGGGAUAUCAUCAGUUACUACUGAAUGUCAUAAGUAUGUCUUAUUGGAAUUGGGAGAUUCAGACAAAGUAACAUAUCUACCAAGAAAUGAACCCAAUAAAGCUAUCUGUGAAGGUUUAACACAUGCAUGGAAAUUAUACAACAAUGAAAAGUCUGUGAUAUUAUUUGUUGUUGAAACCAUUACUUAUAAUAUAUGCGAUCAGAGAUUUCUUGAAUAUGAAAUUCGUAAAAGGAAUCCUUAUCUUAAACUAAUCAGAAGAAGUUUAACAGAUUUAGUGUCUGAAGCAAAAUUGGGAUCAAACAAAGAAUUAAUAAUUGGAGAUGAAGAAGUUGGUUUAGUCUACUUCCGUUCUGGUUAUGAAGUUGAAGCCUAUCCUACAGAACAAGAAUGGUCAGUGAGACUAUUGAUAGAACGUUCCCGCGCAAUAAAAUGCCCGUCGAUACAGUAUCAUUUAGCUGGUACUAAAAAGGUCCAACAGUCCUUAACGAAUAGUAACGAUUUAAAGAAAUUCUUAAAAGAAAAGGCUAUAAUAAACCAACUGGAGCAAAUAUUUGGUAGACUUUAUUCGUUAGAAUUCAAUGAGGAAGCAGAGACAAUCAUUGACAAAGCUAUAUCAGAGCCGACAAAAUAUGUUCUCAAACCACAAAGAGAAGGUGGUGGAAACAAUUUGUAUAACGAAGAAAUGAAGCAGCGUUUGAAAGCUAUGAGAUCUUCCAAGGAGAGGACCGCUUGGAUACUCAUGGAACGUUUUUAUCCGCCAGUACAAGAAAAUUAUAUUGUACGCGCUCAAAACGAGCCAUUUGAGAAUGACAAUCGGUUCAUCGAUGUUGUAUCAGAGCUUGGCAUUUACGGAGUUAUUAUAGGGGACCACGAAAAUAUUAUAUAUAACAAAGAGAUAGGUCACAUUUUAAGAACUAAACAAUGUAACGAAAACGAAGGUGGAAUAGCAGCAGGAAUUGGCGCUGUUGAUGGCCCCUUCCUAAUUUGAGACUUAGAGCAAGUUAUAUUUUAAAUAAUUCUGUAUGUACAAAUGUUAGUAAAAUGUAUUACAGCGUA